UGUUUUCCUCUGACGAAGAAAGGUUGUGAAAUCGGGCAGAAUAGGUUUUCUAUGGUUUUACUGUUCUUAAACUAUUGAAAUAACUUCAGAAGCGAAAACAUAUUUGAUAUUUCACUCUUUUAAUGUACAUACACCGUUUUAUAUGUUGUUUACUGAAAAAAUCUCAAGGGGAAGACUACCGUCGCUUUCAUUGUCCGGCGUUGUCACGGUCGUGAAAUCCGAGACGUAACUAGUUAUGAGUCGGAAGAGGACACAAACACUCCCUGAUAUAUAUAAACCUAAAAGGAGAUUAUGUUCAGCAGCCGCUGCAUUAGCCAGCAAUGGUCAGACAACAGUUAUCAGCGCUUUAAACGGGGACAUUGGAGAUGUAAUUCUAAAUGACACUCAUGCCUUUUUGAAACGACUGAGAGGACUUUUCCCUGCAGACAAAUUUAAACAUAAACUACCACCGAUUGUCUUGAAGCAUCAGCUGUAUGGAAUGAUGAAUGAUCGCACAAAAGUCGACCAGGAAUUGAAUGACCUAAGGAAACGUGGUGUGGUCAAAUUGUUCAAGCUGGGAUCAGAGGCAGACGAGUACUGCAUUCUAUUUACCAAUGAUUAUGAGGAACAUGUAAAGAAAACGAUGACAGCCUUGUCGAUGAGUCCUAUCUUGAUAGAGAGAUUUAGUUCUAAUGUUGUAAAAAAAUGUCAAGAUGUGUGUAUAUCGAAAGAGACACUCAUGAUGGACUACAGAUUCUCAGACUUCGAAAUAACACAACUUGUGAAAGCCUCUGUGAUAACCGUGAAAGAAAUUGGAAACUGGUGGCUGUCUAUUCCUAAUGCUGGCACAUUUAUGAAGUGUUUUCUCCGGGGCAGGAAAGCCGUCCUUACAAUGAUCAGGAAGUGUAAAUAUAAAGAGAUACUUAGAAAGGAUCUAGAACAUCGAAAAUGGCCUAAGAUCUGUCGCCUGGGGUUGAUAUACCAUGUACACGAUAUAAUAGGCGGUGAAUUAGUCCACUGCGUGCAGACUACCUCAGGGCAACUAUUAAGACUGAAAGAAUGACAGCAAUACACUGUAUAUAAAGAAUGGAUGAAUGAUUGAGAGAAUCUCAAAGUCAGAAGAGUGAAGGGACGAAUCACAAGAUAUAUAUACUUGGAACCUCGUCACUGUAACCAAGUUGUGAUAGUACAACACCUAUUAUUUAUUGUUAAUUUAAAAAGAAACAGGGUCAUUGUUGUAUGAACUGAUGCACACAGACUAUUACAAGCUUAUCUGAGGCCAUCUCGAUUGCCUACUCUUCUCCUUCUAGAAUAUAACUUCCGGCUACUCGAUUUGUAGCUCUUCUGCUUCUGGAAGAUCUUCUACCUCUUCCGUCUUGAAGUUGGAAGAUUUAUCUUCCAAGAUGGCGGCGACAACUAUGUUUAAUUGUGCGACAUGCGGAGUGAUGAGUUUCACUAGAGAAGGAUUUAUGGCACAUACAUGCACAUGUUUGUGUUACAGUGUUUGAGAAAACUUGUUUGUAUUGGGUUAUGUUCUUCCGGUUUAAUCCAUUUACAUAUAACGGAAUGCGAUCUUCCGAGAAGGGUGCAAAUCAAGUUGGCCUCAGGACUGUUGUUUUCCUGCCUUAGUUUGUUAGAUUAUGUCUUGGUCAGUCACAGGGAGAACUGCACAUUGUAUCCAUGAAUAAUGGGAGUGUCUGUUACCUUUAUCCUGAAUUUUUCCAAGUUAAAUUUUUUUUUUUUUCAAUGACCAAUUUUCCACAUGAUAUAUAUGAGUUAGGUUGUACUGUAUCUCAAACAUACAGAGGAACCAUUGAAGUCACAAGUAUGUUAAACAGGGAAGCCUUUUUACCAGACAUUUAUAUCAAGAGGCUGAAAUGAUUUCUUGUGAAAAUUCCUAUUUUAAUGCAACAGUUGUAUGGAAAUGGUGUUAUUUGAUAAGACAGAACAACAUUUCAAUGUAUUUUGAAAUUAUAUACCGGUACUUGCAAAAUUUUUGCCAUCAGAAUUUUAUCAUAUUGUGUGUUUGAUUCAUGUAAGAUUUCAAUACUGUGAAUUCAUGAUCUCAGUGAUGUGUAUUCUUAAUUUCUCACUGAGAAUUUAAUUAAUGAUUUCAGUCAACUUUUUUUUUUUUUUUUUUAAACUUCAGACUCUUUCAUAUUGUGUUGAUUUAAAUUACCUCAAUUUAUAGAAGAUUUAUGACGUAACUGACAGGGAUUUGUAAGGCUGAGUCGAGGUAGGGUCCAUUUACCACUGUUUUGAAUUUUCUUGAGCCAUUUGGUUUUUAUCUAUGUAAGACUUUCAAAUAUUCUGUGGCCCAUAAACGAAUUUGUACGUGCCUAUGGCCCAUGACCCCUGUUCUUCCCAAACCUAAAAGUUUGGAAAAAGUUCAGCUCCAGGUAAGAUUAAGAGUACAUAGUAUCUAGUUUCAUACAGGAUUUUUUGUUUGAUCAAAUCAAUCAUUUUUAUUUGUGUUUUGUAUUUUUGUUAUAUGUUCCGUUAACUGUUUUACAUUCUUAAAGAAUUUCUGUAAUGUCACUGAUUGACUACAGGUAGACAUAGUACUCACAUUUCUAUAGAAAUUAAUAAUUUUAGUCAACAAAAGAAGAACUUUUGGAAUUGACAUCAAUGCGUUAGACUUGUUUUGUGAUAUUUGGUGUGGAAGUAAGCAAGAUUUUGUAGGUGCUGGGACAACAGAAUGUGUGGUGUGUCCUAAUUAAAGGGAGAUAAUUCAAGUUGAUUUUAACUUAAAUGAUACAAAAUGCAUGUGAUCUUAUGACUUGGCUUCCGUCCUUAAUAUUCAUGUUUUCAACUUUAACUGAGAACUAGUCAAGAGAUUUUAAACACACACUUAUAUUGCCAAGAGUUAAGUCUGUUUUAUUCCGGUCAGUUGAUAAUCUGCAUCCAAUGAGACUGUUCUGGUUUCUAAUUAGCAGAAUAUUUUCCUCUUUUCAAGACAGUCCCGGUCUUUGAUUAGCAGAAUUAUUUUCCAGUUUUUGAGACUGUUCUGGUCUCUGAAUGGCAGAAUUAUUUCCCUCUUUUCGAGACAGUCCUGAUCUCUGAUUAGCAUAAUUAUUUUCCUCUUUUUGAGACUAUCCUGGUCUCUGAUUAGCAGAACUACUUCCCUCUUCUCUUGUUCUUCCAGUUAUAACUUAUCUUGGCAGAGUUUUCCUUUCAAAUGUAGACAUGUCUAUUAAGAUGAUGUGAUCAAAACUCAAUGCAAAAUUGAAAUAAUAUUUACAAAAAAGAAUAUCCUUGAUAGUGAUAUGUGGAGAUGAGUGAAACAUACCCCUUGUGCCUCUUGUUAUAUGUCACCUUCUCAAAUACAAAUGAGCUGGUGUCGCAGUAUGGCAUCCAUUGUUGCUUUUUCUGAUAAACUUUGAUUUGAGAUUCAAAUGAAAGACCUAAUUCAACAUUGAUAAUCGCCUGGCUGAAUUAGAUUGGAAUCUUCCCUCAAAGUCUUUAUGUACAAAGGUCAUGUUUUAAUGAAUUUGACCUUGACCUAGUUUAAAAUUCAUAAUACUGUAGUUAAUUUAAUAUUGGAGAAUGCUUAUACAGGCUUUGCCUGUUACUGUAUCCUUAAGUAUUUGCUAUAAAAUUUGUUGAAAUUAUAGGUAAAUUCUAAUUGGGUCUAUUGUUUUUAGUUUUGUAGCUAAAUACCUAUUGUUCUCUUUGUAGGUAUUCUCUUUCAAUUCCCGAAGCUUUUUGUGGAUUUAUUUUAUAUGUCACAGGUGUUUGACAUGUACUAUAAUAAUCUAUACUUUAAUUAGAUACAUGUAAAUCAUGUUGUGUGUGUGUUAGGGUGUUAGGGAGAUGCCCACUGUUAUAUAAUGUCUGAUGUUGAAUGCUGUGAUUUUCUGUUAUAAGAGUUACCUGGUUGUAGAGAGAGGUAACCUGUUAUUGUUCAGUUGUUUGUCCUCUUAGACAUCAAUAUUGUUAACAUUUACAACACUUGGCAAAGCUUAUCCGCACAUUGUGUAUUAUAAGCCUAUUGUCCGAUUCCCUUUUUACUAGGGGCCGCGGUGGCCGAGUGGUUAAGGUGUCCCGACACUUUAACACUUAGCCCUACACCUCUGGGUUGCGAGUUCGAAACAUACGUGGGGCAGUUGCCAGG